AUGAUCAGGAUACAUUACAUGGCAUCACCCAGCAACUACUCUGCUCCAGUCUCUGAAUUCCUCCUCAUCUGCUUCCCUAACUACCAGAGCUGGCAGCACUGGCUGUCCCUGCCCCUCAGCCUCCUCUUCCUUCUGGCCAUGGGGGCCAAUGCCACCCUCCUGAUCACCAUCCGGCUGGAGGCCUCUCUGCAUGAGCCUGUGUACUACCUGCUCAGCCUCCUCUCCCUGCUGGACAUGGUGCUCUGCCUCACCGUCAUCCCCAAGGUUCUGGCCAUUUUUUGGUUUGACCUCAGGUCCAUCAGCUUCUUUGCCUGCUUCCUUCAGAUGUUCAUCAUGAAUUGCUUCCUUGCCAUGGAGUCCUGCACAUUCAUGAUCAUGGCCUAUGACCGCUAUGUGGCCAUCUGCCAUCCACUCAGGUACCCAUCCAUCAUCACUGGCCAAUUCGUAGCUAGGGCUACCAUCUUCGUUGUGGCCCGGAAUGGCCUCUUUUUCCUCCCUGUUCCAAUCCUUUCUGCCAAGCUCAGGUACUGUGCAGAAAACAUCAUCAAGAACUGCAUCUGCACUAACCUCUCUGUGUCCAAGCUCUCCUGUGAUGACAUCACCUUCAAUCGGCUCUACCAGUUUGUGGCAGGCUGGACCCUGCUGGGCUCUGACCUCAUCCUCAUCAUUCUCUCCUACUCUUUUAUCCUGAAAGCUGUACUAAGGAUCAAGGCUGAGGGGGCUGCCGCCAAGGCCCUGAGCACAUGUGGUUCCCACUUCAUCCUCAUCCUCUUCUUCAGCACAGUCCUGCUGGUCCUGGUCAUCACUAACCUGGCCAGGAAGAGGAUUCCCCUGGAUGUCCCCAUCCUGCUCAACAUCCUGCACCACCUCAUCCCCCCAGCUCUGAACCCCAUUGUUUAUGGUGUGAGAACCAAGGAGAUCAGGCAGGGAAUCCAGCAACUGCUGAGAAGGUUGUAA